UAGGGACAGCCCUACGGACAGAGACAGGCACGUUUGUAGACACCCCCCGCCCCCUCAGAGGCCUAGGCGCCACUGGCCAGGUUGGGAAGCUCUGUCUGAAGCCAGGCUGCCUUUGCAAGCUGCUGACGUCACAAAGGUGUCAACUGGCAACCGGCGCCGCCUGAAGAUGUUCCCAUUUGCAAGCAGCUCUUCUUUGCUUUCCAGCCCCGAAAGCGAGCGAGCUCUGGCACAGCAGCCAAGUGGGCGCUCUGCCAGGGCGCUGCCUGAGCGAGGACACAGAGCGCUUCCAAACAGCCUCGCAGCUCCACUCCUCUUCCACUUUAUUGCAAUGAGACAACUGCUCGGCCGCCCGGCGGGGCCUCUGCCCCUGCGCCCUCGGACGGGCUGAGAGCGCCGAGGAGCUACAGUCAAUGAGGGGCCGGGUCAUGUCCCCUCCUCAUGGCCCCGACCCCCUGUGGCUGGUGCUUCUUUCUGCAGUGGGAGCGAUGGCCCAGAGCCCGAACUGCCCAGCAAAGUGCACCUGUCAGUACCUGGGCGUGAACUGCACGGGGCAGCAGCUGCAAGAGUUCCCCACAGCCAUUCCUCUGGACACGAGGCAGCUGAUUCUGGCGACCAACAACAUCUCCUACCUGCCGUCGGUGGAGCUGAACUUCCUAAGUGACUUGGUCUAUCUAGACUGCAGGGAGAACGCCAUUAGCGAAGACCUGGAUUUCGCCUUCAUCAGCCUCAACAAGCUCGUCUACCUGGACCUCAGCUUCAACAACCUCACCCGGGUCACCUGGAGCACUUUCUCCCAGCUGAGUAACCUGGUGGUGCUGAAGCUCUCGGACAACCCCAAUCUGGCGGAGAUCGAGAAGGACUCCUUUUCCAACAACACCGGGCUGAGGCACCUGGACGUGAGCCGGACCGGCUUGACGUUCCUGGAUACUAGCACUGUCAAGGAGUUGCCCAAUCUCAAGUCCCUGGGUCUCAGUGAAAACCCCUGGAACUGUAACUGCUCCUUCCUGGACUUCGCCCUCUGGAUGAAAGAGAAUGGUGUUCGCUUCCCAGAUCCGAAGAACAUCUCCUGCUACAGUCCAGCCGCUCUUCGUGGUUGGCCACUGCCUGAGGUGGAGUCGAAGCUCCACUACACAUGUCUCCUCCAUUUACAGGAGACAGACUAUGCCUUCCUGGGGCUGAUUGGCUUCUGCAUAUUCUCUGCAGGCACCGUGGCAGCCUGGCUGGCUGGGAUAUGCGUAGUGCUCUAUGAAUUCCACACUACAAAGGGGGAGGAUGACGAGGAAGAGGAAUAUGAAGAAGCAAUCACCUAGAACUGGCCUGAUACUAGUUGUACCUUUCUCUUGGUCUCCUGGCCUUUCCCCAUCUACCUCCCUUUCCAGAUGUGAUUCUUUUGACCCAAAGCACGAUUACUGGAAUACAAAAUCCUUUUGCUGUAGUUUAACCCACUGUUGGGAAUUUCUUACUUCCUUCUUCUGUACCCCUAAGUUUCUCUCUCUCUCUGGGCUUGGGCCAUUGAAACAUUAAUUGAUGCCUGCCAAAAGUAUGCCAGGAACAGAUAAUUACCUGCCGAGACCAGCUCAGCAUAGCUCUGAGUGGCUGAAACCAAUAGCAGAAUCUUACUUGAAAGAUGAACGCAGAUUGGUUUGGAUAUGAUAUUCACUUCAGACCACUGGAUGGACAAUAAACAUGUUAAUGAUAA